AUGUCGAGUCACUACAGGAAUCUGUCUCCCAGCCGAGGCCGGCACUCCAUGGUUGAUCCCAUGAGAGCUUCCACCGGCAUGGUGCAAUUAAACUCAUCCUACGACCCUUAUGAUGCGCCCAGGCGCUAUGAUUACGAUGACUACCCGUCCGAUACUGGAUAUGCCAGUGCUUUUGGGUACCGCUCAGGGCGACCAUCGAAACUCGAAGCACAUCAAAUAUCCUCCCAUCGAGUCCAUGAUCCGACUGCGUCCGCCAAAAAGCGUACCGAAUACAGCGUGCAGCCCCGCACCAGGCAUAGAAGCCACACAUCGACGGCAGCGGAUUACGAGACACCAGUGCGUCUAGCUGUACCUUCCAGCUCCCGUCAGCAUCUCUCGCCCGUGCACCACUCAACCCACCGGCGUACCCUAAGCCCUAUUCCCACAGAUCCCGGCCAGCAUAUGGUACCUGCCGCUCCUCGGCAUCCCGCACAUCGCCGAAUCUACAGCACUGACUAUGCGAGUGACACCGGUCACAUCGACCCACGAAAUGAUGCAAGACACAGGACUGACCACAGUGCGCAUCACCACCGUGUUCAUCCACCGACUCGCACACGCUAUCCAGCGUACGACGGGCUGAGGAAAGGUGAUGACAUAGAUGACUUCGAUGCUUAUUCAUAUACCAAUGCUCGUGAGCAAUUCGACCGGGACUACCCUGUCAAGCCGCGCCCUCGCGGGCCGAGAUACUCGCUGGACCGGCCGCUCAGUAUCACUGGCGCGGAAGACCCCCAGUGGACAGCGCGGAAAGAACGUCAUCACGGCCCACCCCCAACAUCCUGGGGCCUUGAUAAGCUGGGCCGUGAACGGCCAAGAAGCUCAACAUAUGGCAAGGAUGACUAUCGGGAGCCGCACAGAUCCAAGGAUGGAUUCCACGAUCAAGCCCUGGUUGCUGUACCGCAAGACUCUGAUGGUGAAUAUCCCUCUCGACACGACGAACGCCGCCGCCGCCGCGCCCACAGAGCGCGCCGUUUGAAUGAUCGGGAGCCCCACUAUCUAGAAGAAUACCACGCCCAGCCACAUGACAAUGGCGAACUCCCAACCGUAGGGCUUGGAACAGCGGCCCUGGGAGGCGGGUAUUCCGACAUGUCCGACUACGAACACCACCGUCCGUCGCGACACAAGUCCAGGCGCUCACACGGCGGUCAUGACCACGAUGCCGUCCAGCCCCCAUCGCGGGAGCUGGUAGAAGCAGUUCCAGCCGAUGAAAGAACCAAGCAGGCCUACUUGGAUCCCGCUGAUGCCCGCCGCCACGGUCGAACGCGACGCCACUCCCGUCGGCGGACGCACAGCGAUUACGCCGACACGUCAGAUGAAGACCUGCGAAACUACAGACGAGAGCCCGCACGUCGCAGGCAUAGCCUCACCGACACUGAGAGUGACCGUGACUACGACCGCGACCACAGUCGGGAUCGCUCGCACCAGAAGCGAGACCGAGACCACUCGCGUGGAUACCGCUCUUCUCGCUCCCACCGUGCUCUGGAGGAUGGCCACGCUAUUGAGCCGCGACGAUCGUCCCCGGCCGACAUGGAAAAAGAUGAUCCAAGAAGAUUUAUUGCUGUCGAACCGGCUGCCCCAAAGGAGCCUGACGCUCCCCCAAAGGGAAUCCUCAAGGCACCACGCCCGGCAUUUCCAGAAGAGCCCAAUCCAGUGAGGGAGGGGGUCGCUCCUCUUAAAGACGCUCAUAAGCAGGGGAUCCCACCCGGAGCUCGGUGGACGAAGAUUGACCGGCGGCUCGUGAAUCCGGAGGCAUUGGAAGCGGGCAAUGAACGGUUCGAGGAGCGGUCGGAUUAUGUGAUUGUGUUGAGGGUUCUGAGCAAGGAGGAAAUCCAGCAGUAUGCUGUAAAGACACAGGAGAUUAGAGACACUCGACACAAGGAACAGCUACGCGACAGACGCAAAUCCAGAGAUGAGACCCAACGCCACGGCCGCCGAGGCGAGGAGUCUUCUAGCGACGAUGAGGACGAGGGCGAGGAAGAGCCCUGGAAGCAGCUCGAGGCGGCCGCUGCACCAACCGCACCGAAGAUGUCCUUGCCGUCGCGUCCACGCGUGUCGACCAACUCCACGCAUGAGGCUGAAAGGCCUAGAAUGAGUAACCCGUCUGCUACGCUGGUAUAG